CUUGACGUCGGUUGGUUACGAUAAGACGGCGUGAGUGACUUCCCAUAUUUCCAAUCAAUACUUAAUAAUAAAUGACCGGUAAAACGUCAAUGCGCGCGUUAUUAGGUUUUCCUUUCCUCUCUGUACACUCACUGUAUCCAUUCAGCUUUAUAAUGUAAACCCAGUAGUGAACCCUUAACCUUAUAAUAGCUACGUGUGAAAAUCAAGUGAUACAAAUGUAACAUUUGAUUUAAGAUGGCUGUGAUACAUGUAGGCUACUGUGUUAUUAUGUUAGUUCCACUUAAAAGCAAGAGGUGUAGCUAUGUCGAGCGAGGGGAGGGGUGAAUCGGUGGUAGGAAUUUAUAGGGCGUAUGAGGAAGUUGAAACAGACGGGGGAAAACGAACAACAGGGUCUUCAUUUAAGCCAAACACUAAGACUUAACCGCUUUCAAAAUGCCCGGAAAGAAAGUCUGCAUCGUCGGAUCUGGAAACUGGGGCUCUUCGAUUGCCAAAAUAAUCGGGCGCAAUGUCAAAGCAUCCAACAGGUUCGACCCAAUGGUGAACAUGUGGGUUUAUGAAGAAAUGAUUGAUGGAAAGAAGCUAUCAGAGAUCAUUAAUACAGAGCACGAAAAUGUCAAAUAUCUACCAGGUCACAAGCUGCCCAGGAAUGUGGUCGCUGUUCCAGACAUCACAGAAGCUGUCAAAGGAGCGAAGAUCCUCGUCUUUGUAAUCCCACACCAGUUCAUCGCCAAACUCUGCGAUCAGAUGAAACCUCACGUCGCGGAGGGAACCAUCGGGAUAUCGCUCAUCAAAGGUAUCGAUGAGGGACCAGAUGGACUAAAGCUCAUCUCAGACAUCAUCCGAGAGAAACUAGAGAUUGAGGUCAGUGUCCUAAUGGGGGCCAACAUCGCCAGCGAGGUGGCAGAUGAGAAGUUCUGUGAAACCACCAUCGGGGCAAGAAAUGAGGCAAACGGCCAUAUUUUCAAAGAGCUGCUUCAGACUCCCAACUUUCGCAUCACUGUCGUACAGGAAAGUGAUACAGUGGAGCUGUGUGGAGCUCUAAAGAAUAUUGUGGCAGUAGGUGCUGGAUUCUGCGACGGCCUUGGUUUUGGCGACAACACCAAGGCGGCGGUGAUCAGGCUGGGUCUGAUGGAAAUGGUCGCCUUCGCCAAGUUGUUCCGCAAAGGCCAAGUGAGCUCCACCACUUUCCUGGAAAGCUGUGGCGUGGCCGACCUCAUCACCACCUGCUACGGGGGACGAAACCGCAAAGUUGCAGAGGCCUUUGUCAGAACGUCCAAGUCUAUUAUUGAGCUGGAGGCAGAAAUGCUCAACGGCCAGAAGCUGCAGGGUCCCCAGACCUCAGCUGAGGUCUACAAGUUCCUCCUCAAGAAGGACAUGGUCAACAAGUUUCCCUUGUUUUCUGCAGUCUACCAGAUCUGCUUUGAGGGCAGAGAAGUGAAAGAGUUCAUCACCUGUCUGCAGAACCACCCAGAGCACAUAUGAUGGGACCAGUCUGCAAACAUGUUCACUGCUGCGCCUUCAAUAGCAAUUUACUACCACUAGAGGGUGAAAGAGAUUCAUCAGAUUGAAACGCACAAUACAACAAAGCAAAUACAACCAAGAGCACUUUUUACUUUGACAUUUCAUAAUGGAUAUUAUUCUUAGCUUUAAAGGCAGUUUUUUAUUGGGGGUACAUAAACACAACACUGUCUGAUUUACUUUUCACUACAUGACAGUUAGUUUCAGUUUUUAGUAAAUCAAAUUUCCCCUCGAGGGACAAGAAAGCUGAUCUGAUUUACAAUCUGAAAAUUAAAACUACGGGUAGUCAUUUUUUAAUCUUCAUGUGGAGUUGUUUUCUUCUUCUUCAAUAAAAUCAAUUCAUAAGAAACUGUCUUCAUUUCUGAAGAACCAAAAAUCA